CGCCUCCGCCGCGCUCCUGGGCCCUCGGAGCCAGUCCGCGGGUCAAGCCGCUACGAUGUGGGCCGUGUUGUCGCUGCUCUGCGCGGGCGCGGGGCUCCUGGGACCCCCGGCCUGCGGCGCCGCCGACCUCUACGUGAGCUCCUUAGAGAAAGUUCACUUUAAGUCAUGGAUGGUCCAGCACCAAAAGAGAUACAGCUCAGAGGAGUACCAGCGCAGGCUGCAGACCUUUGUCGGCAACUGGAGGAGGAUAAGUGCCCACAACACUGGGAACCACACCUUUAAAAUGGGACUGAACCAGUUUUCGGACAUGAGCUUUGCCGAAAUAAAACACAAGUAUCUUUGGUCGGAGCCUCAGAACUGCUCAGCCACCAGAGGUAACUACCUGCGGGGCACUGGUCCCUACCCACCGUUUGUGGACUGGCGCACAAAGGGGAAGUAUGUCUCGCCGGUGAAAAAUCAGGGCGGCUGUGGCAAUUGCUGGACCUUCUCCACCACGAGGGCCCUGGAGUCCGCCAUCGCCAUCAAAACCGGGAAACUGCUGUCUUUGGCGGAACAGCAGCUGGUCGACUGCGCCCAGAACUUCAACAAUCAUGGCUGCCAAGGGGGCCUCCCCAGCCAGGCGUUCGAGUACAUCCGGUACAACAAAGGCAUCAUGGGUGAAGACACCUACCCCUACAAGGGCCAGGACGGGGACUGCAAAUUCCAGCCCAGCAAGGCCAUUGCCUUCGUGAAGGACGUAGCCAACAUCACAAUCAAUGACGAGGAGGCGAUGGUGGAGGCGGUGGCCCUGUACAACCCCGUGAGCUUUGCCUUCGAGGUCACCAGCGACUUCAUGAUGUACAGAAAGGGCGUCUACUCCAGCACUUCCUGUCAUAAAACUCCAGAUAAAGUAAACCACGCAGUACUGGCCGUUGGGUAUGGAGAAAAAGAUGGGAUUCCCUACUGGAUCGUGAAAAACUCUUGGGGUCCCCAGUGGGGGAUGAAAGGGUACUUCCUCAUCGAGCGCGGAAAGAACAUGUGUGGGCUGGCGGCCUGUGCCUCCUACCCUAUCCCGCUGGUGUGAGCCUGGACGGACGGACGGACAGACGGAGGGAGUCCUGCCCUGGGCGAGGUGGCAGGGACACCGCCUGGGGCCUCCCCCCCGGGCCCUGCCUGCAGGCCUGAGGAAGAGGAGUCCCACCCACGUCCUCUGACGUAAAGGUGGCCACCAGCCCUGUGCCUGUAACGAACUCCAACCCAUGUGGCCGCGAACAUUCUUUAUCUCCCACAGGGCCGCUUCUCACGUGUGGAGAGCGCCCGUGACGGUCUUCCCUGAGGUCUUUGUUCAAUAAACACUUGGCGAAGCCUC